CUAGACCACAAUCCAUUGAGCAUUACCAAAUACCUGAAACCAAACCGAAAGAACAAGAAUCGAGCUCAAAGAAAUAACUUGGUACAUACUAGCCAGUUACUAAGGUAUUUGAUAUUGGAUACAGCGUGUACGGGGACUGUAUUUGGUCUCAAGGUCACGGGAUGAUUGCAUUUUGGCACGAGUUAUUGUAUUUGUCGUUUUUUGUCGUAUCGUUUGGAAUCUCAGCUGACCUUAAAAAGAUUACGCAACAAGAUGCCUUAAACUUGAAUCUUUCGGAUUAUGUAGAAGGGUCGAGUGCUGCACUUUUAUUCAUAAUUCCUGAUGACUGUAAUGAAUGCCAUUUACAUACAAAAUUGCUUCACGAAAUUUCCUCUGAUGUCCUUUACAGUGGUGAUAUUUUUCAUCUCAAUGAUAUGACUGUACCUUGGAUUAGUAUGAUGUCUGCACCAGCUGUACUGUUUUUAAACAGUGAAAGGAAACUCCCUUAUUUGGGCCCACUUCAUCGCACUCACCUCAUUAAUGCUAUGCAUCAGUUUACUACAGGUGUACAGUCGGCUCGACUGGAUGAUGCUAAUUUUGAACACGAUACUCAAGCUUCUACUGGUUCAACAACAGGUGACUGGCUUGUUAUUUUGUAA